AUGGGUGGGUUAGUUGAUUACAAGCCUACAAUGGUCAUGCUUGGAUUGCAGUUCAUUUAUGCAGGAGUUACUCUCUUCAGUAGAGCUGCUCUUCUACAAGAAAUGAGCCCCAGGGUGUUUGUGGUUUAUAGGCAAGCCGCAGCCACUUUGGUUAUGGCUUCUUUUGCUUUUUUGACAAGUGUAACAUUAAACCAGAACAUGUACUUCGAAGGUUUAUACUUGGCCUCAUCGUCAACAGCUAGUGCUAUGGGUAAUCUUGUCCCUGCAGUCACCUUUGUACUGGCGUCCACUGUUGGGUUAGAGAAAGUAAAUCUCCAAAGCCUAACAAGCAUCGCCAAGAUGAUGGGGACAGUUUUAUGUGUGAGUGGAGCAGUUGCCAUGGCAUUGCUUAAAGGCCCAAAGCUACUUAACACAGAAAUAAUCCCACCCACAAAAUCUCUUUUUGGCUCGGGAGGAGUUUCCUUCUUUGCUCAAGCCUGGUGCAUUGAGCGAAGAGGUCCACUCUUCUCUGCUAUGUUCAAUCCUCUAUCCACAGUUAUAGUGGCCUUAUUUGCUUCUAUAUUUCUACAUGAAGAGAUCUAUAUUGGAAGCUUGGUAGGUACAUUAGCUGUUAUAAUUGGGUUGUAUGUUGUCCUAUGGGGUAAAGCUAAAGAACAUGAAGAGACCAAUAUGGAGACUGCCACAAGGUCUCAAAAUGAUCAAACAAAGGCUGUGGAUGUGCUGAUUGAUGAAUCUACAAAUGAGACAACUUGCAAAAUUGAUUUGGAGGAACCCCUUCUGUGUAAGAAAUCAGGAGAAGUUGGAGAAAAUUAG